GUCUGGCGAUGGAAAUAAGUGUGAAAGUGGUACUGCAGGGCAGGAGGGAGUGGCUGGCUCUGCAACGACAGGGAGAGUUAGCGUAUGGCAGAGUAAACAGAGCAGACUACAGAAUGAAUGUUAGGAGCUGGCAGGUGUCGUGACACCUGCAGCAUAUUUCACUGUUUUAAACAGUCACUGUUUUAGCUUUUGGCUUUACCUGUUCUAUGAAAAUUUCCCUGCGUGGGUUACACUGCCAGACAAAAGCUACCAGAGACAGUACUGAAUCCUCCAAGCAGACAGAGCUUCAGUCUGCAGAGCACAUACGAUAGCUCAGCCUGGAUGGCAGGUGCCAUGGAAUAGCAGAGUUUAGUUAUGGAAUAGAAUGGGGUGAUUUAUCUCAAUAAUGACUCCUUUUUUGUGUGACAAGGCAAUUUCACUGCCCAGAGGUGUUUUUUUUUCUUUCUCUCUCUCUCCUCUGCAGGCUGAAGGUUGUUUUCAAAGGGAAGCAGUGCUGAUAGAAUGGCCUGAGAUCAGACCGGAGGACGGGAGAGGAGGCUUUCGUAAACACACACAUGAGCAAUCCUUAAGUUUGUCUGUGUCAGCUGAAGACGUGGCAAUAAAAGAGGGGAUGAAGCAGAGCCGCUGGAGAGACAGACACUGGUUUUGAGUUCAUCUUUCUUUGCUUUCCUGAAGAGGUUGCCGUCGAGGGUUGAGCCUCAAAACACGCUGCCUUUUGAUUCUGCCCCUUCCCUUUGAUCCUGUCACACAAAUCUGCCAUGUGGCUGGGUAUCUGUAUCUCAGAGUAUGCACAUCAAAAAGCUUUCAAUCAACCCGGCAGUAACUUGGUCGUCUUUGUGGUAUUGGCAAAACAUCCUUUCACUUUAAUCUCAAAUUACAAGCAGGCAUGUGGCUUGUAUAUAACAUCAUUUUAGAAUCAAUGUCACAGAGAGCUUCACUCAUGGUGUUUCAAGCAGACCCAUUCAGAAUCUGCCACCAGAGCUGCUGUUACUUAUAUGUUCAUAGCUCAUGCUACCUUUGGAGCACAGUUAAAAACAUUUUUGAUAGUGGACUGAAAAAUGAGCAAUCAAAGGACGGGGUUGGGAUUGGCAUUAGUUUGUUGAAUAACAGCAGUAGACGUGAGCAAACAAGAGGAACACAAUGCGAAGCUGAAUGAUUGUUAAAAUAAAGAAUUGUAGGGACACCAACAAUUAAAAAUAGGUGCUAGACAUUACACUUGUUUAGAUUUCAUCCACUUGUUUUAUGCACAAAUUGAAAAUGCACAUGAAAAGGAGCGGAAAUCCCAGAGAGAUCUCCAACCUUUUAUCGCUUGUCUCUACUGAAGAGACGGAAAAUUGCGGCAGGAUGAAAACAUCAGUUUGGUGUGGAGCGAUGAAGAGACUGUAAACUUCCUCACAUUAAUCCAUGAAACAAACAUAAAUGCCGUCAUUCCCAACAUUUUCUACAUUGUUUUUAACCAUUUGAAGUUUGACUGGCAAGCAUUCAGUCAUUCAAUUCUUCCGUGAUUUAAAUAGAAUCUGAUGAACCAACUGUUAAUAAUCGCAUUUCCCUCUGCUGAUUUGCUCUAAAUUCCCUUUAAAUGUGCGCUACAUUUGAGUGGAAACCUGCUAAUGUUUGAGAAUGUAUUCAAUGUUUGCCUGUAGUGAAGAAAAAUGUAAUAUCCAGAUUUUUAAGGGGACAGAUUUAGUGAUUUGCUUUCUGUACAACAAAGGAUCGUGAUGGGGAGUUAUUGUUUACAAAAUGUAUGAAUGUACAGAGGGCCAAUCAGAAAUAAACCAGUGUAUUAGCUUUUAUUUAUACAUUCAAUCAAAAUCUUGGAACCAAAUUCGACCAAAGCAUCAUCUGUAGAAUGUUUGUAAUUUGAAGCAAUGGCUUUGGUAAUGUGUAAUAAACCAUUUACAUACAUUUCAUAGAUCAGUUGGAAGCAUAACACAAGUUUUGCGUUUACGUGUUGGGAGAAUCCAUUUAGUUGGUGUUAAUCCUUAACUUUGUAAUAAUUAGUUCUAAAUGUUGGUAACUCAUGAAUAAAUGCUCCUCGGUUUCUUACUUUAUAAUGAACCACAAAGUCUGCAGUUAUGUUAGUAAGUCAACACAGGCCCAGGACAUCAUCAUCAUGUCCACAUCUAUACCCUUAAUGUGAGAUAGGUCCUGAAUGAAGGCUUGUACAAUACAUGUCAAGUCUGCAGUUGUAAAUGUUAACAGGGUGUCAAUGAAUGGAUUUUGGUCCACAUUCUCUGCAGCAUCGGGCAAGUAAGUGGCCUAAUGGUCUACUAGUCUAUCUGAUGAGUAAAAGCAGCUAGCUGACACCAUUGUGAUGCUGAAGGAAGAUGAAAACCAGGGAUUUUUAGUAAAGUUAUUACAAUUGAAUGUCCAAAACACACUUCAUGUCAUUACUAUUUAUCUUAUAGGAACCGUGGAAGCCUGUGAAAUAUGUUGUGCCAAUCCAACCCUUUAAAUUUAGUUUAUAACUAAUAUAUAAAUCAUUAGUAAAUAGUGCAUAAACCAUUAAUAAACCCAAUAGUUUUAAUUGAAUGUGCCCUUUAUAUUUGUCCCUAAGUUUCUGAUUUAUAUUUGCUGUCCAACUCUUUCUUUAAGUGCAGCCCUGUCAGUUCUCCAGGUGUAUUCAGCUUGUUUGAAGAGUUGUGGCAGCGACGAUUUCUACUGAUUGGCAGUUUCUGCUAUAUUGACUUGAUAUGGCUUCUUGGCUGUGUCUGUUUCUCCACACCACUAUUACAGAAUUGUCUGACCGGCUCCGGGGCUACAGAUUUGCAUUAGGGUUACAUUCUUGCAGUGCACUGUGGAAUAUCGAAUAAUUCCAACAGACGUUCAUCCGACUUGCCUACAGUUUCCACCCCCGUGUUCCGCCCACUUCACGCCUCUCUCCUUAGGCUCAGCUGUGGCUCAUUCCAGUGAUUGCCGCUGGCUGACUUAAAUACCUCGGCGUUUCACCGGUGCGUCGUCAGUCCGUCCGGUUACCACUCUGGUCACGAGCCUGCAGCUGACACGCCACCAACCAUCAGGCAGAAUGUCGUAUGGAUCCAUUGAUGGAGGCUCCUUUGGCAGUCGCAACCCAUUUGGAGGUCCUACGAGCCAGGGCUACCAGCCAGUAGCCACACAGGUCAGCCCCUCAGAACUGCAAGAUGUGUUUCAGGAGACCUCCUCCAAUAUCUUCCAGAUCAACGCCAACGUUGUCACACUAGAGAAGAAUCUCCAGUCACUGGGGACAUCUAGAGACACAGAAGAGCUACGACAGAGUCUACACUCCAUGCAGCAGCAAACCAACAAAGCCAUCACCAGCACAAGCCAACUCAUCAAACAGCUCUCUGAUAUAAUCAGUGGCUCUUCACGGCAAGACCGUCUGCACCUGACCAGACUAAAGACCGAACUGUCAGAGUCUGUGCAGCGCUAUGGGGAUCUGCAGAAGAAAAUUGCAGAGCGUUCAAGGGCCUUGCUCCCUCCAGCACAGACAGACAAGAAGAAGAGUCCUCAGACCCCGUUCACUGAGCAGAUGGAGCAGGGUCCACUGUUUGGAGAAGCAGUAGACUCAGAGGAGGUGGCUCAGGCUUUCCUGUCUGAGAUCAGUGAGGAGGACGUGGAGGUGCUCCGCCAAAGAGAGGAGGCCCUUCUGCAGAUCGAAAAAGACAUGCUGGACGUCAGUCAAAUAAUGAAGGAUCUGGCCAGUAUGGUCCAUGAACAAGGUGACGCCAUAGACAGCAUUGAAGAUUACAUCCAGACUACGUCGUCCAACGUGGAAUCAGCCAAUCAGGAGCUUGCAAAGGCCAACCAGUACCAGAGGCAGCUGAGGAAGAGGAAGUGCUACCUCCUGGUGGCCGGAGCCAUCGUCCUCAUCGUCCUCAUCGUCAUAAUUGCUGUUUCAGCAAGAAAAUGAGACCACCACCGAGGUAGCUGCUAUCAUUACCAUGUUGCCAUGGCGCUCCUGCCCUGUCUGAUCCCUGACCUGAGCAGCUGGUUUCCAGUAGGAGAGAGCUUACCUGCAACAACAUCUCUACUCCAUCAUCCCUACCUCUGUUUACAUGUGCAUCAGGCCGAGACAGAGGCCUUUCUCAGCAUACAGAUUCAUCAAGAGUGAGCCUCUCAUGUAAUCAUCAUAGUAGUUAUUUUUCUUUCUUUUCUUUUUUUUUGUCUGUGACUCAAACGUUAUCAUCAAAGCUGAAGUCAAACAUGCGAAUUUAGGGAUUACGUCAGAGGCACGAGCUGGGCUGUCUGCGGAGGGUUGCUGUUGUAUAUGAGCUAUAUAUUUCAGCUUCUAACUGUCAUCAGACAACCGGAUGAAGGUGGAACAGGAGAUUCAGGGUGAGACAAGGCCAACAUGAUCUCACAGAAAUAAAUAACCACGACCUCCUAACAGAGCAUUAAGUGGUGGCGUCAUGUGUCAAAUGACGUGCUGCCACCACGGUAACAAUUUACGCUUCGGCUUAAGCUACAAAACUAGUGUUAGGUUUGGGAAAAACAUAAAGGUUGGGUUUAUAAUAAGUAUGCAAGCUCAGUAUAAUAUGUAAACACGUCUUGCAUGUACAACAUUAUGCAACACAAACACCUCUUUGCUGAAAGUCCUAUAAUUUGUGUCCUCCACAACAUGGCCUGAUGAACAUUUAAUUGUUUACAUGGUGGCAACAUAUUGGCAACAUAUUUUUAACAUAUUCCAUGCCAUAUUUCUGUGAGAUCAUACUGGACAUACUUGACCUUCACAGUCGUCUCUGAUGUGCUGUGCGCUCUGAUUAUUUUAUGUGUUUUUACUGAAACAGACUUCAUAUUUAUCAGUUCGUAGUGUAAUUUAAUCAGUAUUGUAGCAUUUGUUGAUAUUGGUAAAUAUUGUUUGACCAAAUACAUCUUCCCAAAUAAAAGUUCAACGGCAACAAAAAGUUCUGUCUGUUUGUGUUUUGCCAACACUAAAUAAAAUAGUAGAAAUAUCAAUAAUGAAUCCUAUUGCCGUGUUUCUUUGCAUCCGACUAGGUUCGCUACGGUUUUCAAAGGGUUUUAUCCCAAAAAGAACUUCCAGAUUAAAUGCAGCUGUUAAACCCUAUUGCUAUGUCAAAAUGAGCACAGGUUCAGGUGAACCAAAACUGCACUGCACCAUCAGUGGAUAACUUAAAAACAUAAUCAAACCAGCAUUUAAAAUUAGGUUUUUUUUCGGCGUUGAUUAAUAUUUAGAGAUUGCCGCUGCCAUUGCCGGUCAAAAUCAUUUUCACAGGAUUUGGAUUUGCAGACAGGUUCAGAUUUUUAACCUGCUAAAUAUCCCUGGGUGUCUGCAUGACACAUAGCUAAACGCAUGUUUGCCGCUGUUGGUGAGUGGAAGUUCAGAGCUAAAACUGUUUUAGCUAGACACAGGGGGAGGAGCUGAGACAUCCGGACUGAGUGUGGAGCUGCUCCCAAUCAUUGAAAGGGCCAGUUGAGGUGGUUCGGCCAGCUGACCAGGAUGUGUUUUAAGCAACUCCGUUUGGAGGUUUUCCAUGUGUGACCACGGGCCGCAGCAAGGCCCGGAUUUGGUUUACAAUUUUUAGGGUACACUGGCCCUUUAAUAUUGGCUCAAACCAACCAAAAGCCCACAGAUCCUCUAUUGGUACAUACAGUAUGGCGGUAAAUGAUGGACUAAGACAGGAUUCCCCCAAGAUUACAAAAUGUAUUACAUCAAAUAUUUUAAACAGGGUAUUAAUAAAAACACAAGGAAUCCAUUCAAUCUAAUAUAUCCAACACAGUAAAAGGUAUAUAUCCAAUAUACUUCGUGCCACAAAUUACAGUAGAAGAGGGGAGUGCGACAGGAUGAACGGUUGUAGCCGCAGACAGAGGGGAAAGUAAUACUGGGAGAGAGUACUCACACAAACACACACACACACACACUGCAAAGCAAAAGGGUAAAGAAACAAUUCGUGGAGGGAGUGCAAAGAAAACUACCACCAAACACACGAUUAUGGGGUUGUGAAGCACAGGUGAAAAACUCAUUCACCAAACCCUCCACCAUCUGGGCGGCCACACUUCUCACUGGCCCUACAGCACUCGGACAGACAGACAGAAACCAGGUGUUCAGCCUACAAUGUUAGCACCACAUGGCAGCUACAAGAACCUGCUAUUCAUUUCUUGGGGGAAAGCAAUGAGCGCCACGAGGGCAACAAAAUGAACUAACACCAACAAUAACCAACUAAUAAACUAAAACAAACCCAAACAAAACAAAACAGCAAUGGCAGUCAGCGUCUCUCCUGCCUGCUUACUGCACAGCCCUCAUCUGGAAAGCUCCAGGAAGCGAGAGUCGCUAUGGAGCCAGACCAAAGCAUUGCACGUGACGGGCACAACCUGUCGCACCAGGGGUUAGAGAGGAAAGGCACAGCUCAUCGGUACGGCUUAUACAGGGAGCCAAACAAAUUGGGAACAAGGACGUAGGAGGUACUAAGGCCUACCUAGCCCUACAAUAGCCUAGGAGGGACAUUGCAUGACCAGCUACACAUGCUAUAAAAAGACAAUCUCUUUGGUUUUGUUGCUAUAACUAGUUUGAAUCAAUUAUAAUAUUAAAUUAAAGCUGCAAGCAGCAUUGAUCGGGCCCUUGCAUCUUCACGCAUGUCGAGGGUACUGUCAGGACUCUGGUUGAUGUAGCCAUUCAGUUCUGUGACCAUCAGACACUGCAUGCACGAGUUAGACGGUAUUUCCUGUGGUACCAGUGGCGUAGCCAGUUCAUUUUGCCAGGUCUUAAGACUCGAUUGUUUUGAGUGUAUCUCCGAAUACAAUCAUAAAUGCAAGCCUGUAAAGUUUUACAAAAAGACGAUUGUUUGUGAAUGCGAUUUAGUGUAACAUAACAGACUGUCAAAGUAAAUGCAGGUCUCAAAAACGACGUCUCAAAAUGGCAGCUGCACUACUUUCGAUUGACACCUCACUUGACCCAAUAGGAGCUUCCAUGUCCUGUCCACAGCCUACAAUAGCCAACAAGAGUCCGCGUUGAAGGAAAGUGCCUGCCCCUCUUCUUUCAUGUGAAGACCGAGCUAAAUGCAACCGAUCGUUCUGAUGACUGAUGCUUCGUAUAGCCAAUGAAAUUUCGAAAACACCGAUAUGCUGCUUCAGUGGGAAGAUUUACAGCCACAACAAGGAAGUCACUGCGUAAAAGCGAGAGUCUGCUGCCUGUGUCCGUGCCUAAAAUGUGGUUUUUGAGAGUUUUGGAGACUUUA